GUCUUCACUCCAACGUCACUCAUUGCGCGGUAGUCUCACAGCUUAGAAAUAGCAUGGGGGUCCGCUAUGACGUCGCUGUAUUGUCACCAUGCGCUCGAGGAGGAGAGCUUAUAUGAGCGCCGUUGUUCAACGCCUUCUGCCACAUUCACGAUACCCAACACCUGUUUCUGAUACCCAUUUCCAUUUUGAACGCAAAAGUUACAAUGGUCAACAAGGUCAUCCAGCUUCGAUGUUGUGUGAAUGAGUACCAGUGGGGGAAACUGGGUCGCGAGUCCAUUGCAGCAACACUAUGCGAGAAGACCCCAGGGAGUGGCUUCAAGCUUGACGAGAACAAGCCGUAUGCUGAGAUGUGGAUGGGCACAUACCCAACACUACCCUCAUAUGUCCUCGAGACCGACGUGGACCUCCAGAGCGUGCUUGACAAGUACUCCGACGAACUCAUUGGGCAAAACGUCAUCAAAAAGUUCGGUCACUCAAAGCUGCCAUAUCUCCCCAAGGUCCUGUCGAUAGCAAAGGCGCUCCCUCUCCAGCUGCACCCGAACAAAGCCCUCGCCGCAAAGCUCCACGCAAAGGACCCCGACCAGUUCACCGACGCAAACCACAAGCCUGAGAUUGCGCUCGCCCUCGGGCCAUUCGAGGCCUUUGUUGGCUUCAAGCCACUUGAGACGAUCCAGAAGCUUUUUGGGCUCGAGCCUCUCAACAAGUUCCUCCCCAAGGUCCAGAAGCCCGAGUUCGAUGACCAGACCCUGAAAACGGUCGUCGAGAACCUGCUCAAGGCAUCAGAGGACGAUGUGAAGAACACAAACAAGGCUCUCCUGGACUUGCCCAAGGACAAGUUCGGCAACGAGACGUACAUUCCGGAGCUCAUCCCGCGCCUGUCAGAGCAGUACGACAUCGAGGACAACGGCACCCUCGUUGCGCUCCUCACCAUGAAUUACCUGCAGCUCGACGAGGGCGACAGCAUCUACAUCCCCGCUGAUGGCAUCCACGCGUACCUCUCUGGAGACAUCAUCGAGUGCAUGGCGCGAUCCGACAACGUCCUCAAUACCGGUUUCUGCCCCCGCGCUGACCGCAGCAACAUCGACACCUUUGUUGGCUGCCUGACAUUCAGCCCGCACGACACGAGCGAGGCGAUCCUGAAGCCUCGCAGCUUCGAUGGUAGCUCGAACGGCAAGACCCAGAUCUACGCACCGCCCAUGAGCGAGUUCAAUAUGCUGGUGACUUCUUUGAAAGACGGCGAGAGCGACAAGAUCCGCGCGAUCAGAGGGCCCAGCGUUAUGAUCGUGACUGAGGGCGAGGGUACGCUGAAGGCCGAAGACACGGAGCACAAGUUGAGUGCAGGCUACAUUUAUUUCAUCGGUCAGGGCACAGAGAUGGAGUUUUCGGCAACAAAGAAGCUAAAGGCCUUCACAGCCCAUGCCGAGUAGGAGGCUAAGAGGCUGAACCUAAAUCCGCCCCGCGGACAUGCCGUUACGACCGAUUGGAGGACUUACGACUACCAAGACUUUCUCCGCACGCAGUAGACACGAAUGUACACCAAUGUAACUCGAUCAAGACAGUUCCAUGAUUCCACGGUUGGUGUUGCGGAUCCGGCGUUCCCGUUCCCCACACAACCCCUGCUCACCCCGCAC